CACCCUCCCACCCUCAGACACACGCGCCUUGACCACCAAUUUGUCGUCGUCUUGCCUAUCCUUUCAACCCAACCUUUGGGCAGUCCCUUUGCUGGGAAAUCAUACCCAAAGACAUGGAUGGGUUUCGCGCCCACGCGCUCCUGGCUGUUCGUCAGUCCUUGAGCACCGACGCCAACGACGAUCAAAAUAUUGGCUCGUCUAGAGGAGGUUCUCCCUCGCUAUCUGGCCUCGUCACGACACUCGUGCCCACUCUCCUCAUUUCUGUCGCUUACUUUGCCACAUUCCUUCUCCUGCGGACUAGAUUUCCCAGACAAUAUGCCCCAAGAACAUACUUGGGAGCCUUACUGCCCCAGGAAAGGACACCCGCUGCUCCCAACUCUCUGUUGGGCUGGAUCCCCUUCAUGAGAAAAAUCCCCGACGAAUUCGUCCUCCAGCACAACUCUCUUGAUGGUUAUUUCCUGCUUCGCUACCUCAAGCUAUCCGUUGUCAUCUGCCUCGUUGGCUGCCUCAUCACCUGGCCCAUUCUGUUCCCCGUCAAUGCCACUGGCGGUGGUGGUAAAGUACAACUCGACAUCCUCACCUUUGCCAAUGUCGAGGAUAAAAAUCGCUAUUUCGCCCAUGUCUUCGUCGCCUGGAUUUUCAUUGGUUUUGUCUUCUUCAUGGUGACGAGGGAAUCUAUCUACUUCAUCAACCUUCGACAAGCCUACCUCCUAUCGCCUCUCUAUGCGUCGCGCAUCUCCUCUCGCACAGUUCUGUUCCAGGCCGUUCCCACCGAGUAUGCCGAUGAGAAUAAGAUCCGCCGCAUGUUCGGCGAUGAACUGAAGAAUGUUUGGGUUGCAUCAGAUGCUAAGGAGUUGCCAGACCGCGUCGAAGAGCGCAUGAAGAUCGCUCUGAAACUGGAGGCCGCUGAGACAAAAUUGAUCAAACUUGCCAACGAUGCUCGCCUCAAGUCUCUCAAGGAAAACAAAGACAACAAAGAUGCCCAAAAUGUUCAAGACAGUCAGGCCCAGAGGUAUGAUGAAGAUCCUGAAUACGGCAGCGAAUCUGGCUCGGCCGCCGCACGCUGGAUUUCUCCCAAGGAUCGUCCCACUCAUCGCUUGAAGUUCUUGAUUGGCAAAAAAGUAGACACCAUUAAUUGGUGUCGCGAGGAAAUCGCACGACUGAAUCCGCUCAUCGAGGCCGAUCAGACUCGCUAUCGUGCCGGUGAUGCACCUCCGAAGAAUGCCGUUUUUGUCGAGUUCUGGACCCAGACACAAGCUCAAGCCGCCUUUCAAAGAGUUGCUCACCACCAGCCUCUUCAUAUGGCUCCUCGAAUCGUCGGCCUCAGCCCUGAGGAUGUCAUAUGGUCCAAUCUGGGCAUCACCUGGAAAACACAGACUCUUCGCAACUUUGGCUCGCUUGCUUUUAUUACCGCUCUGGUCAUCUUCUGGUCUAUCCCCGUCGCUUUUGUUGGCUCCGUUUCGCAGAUCUCAUAUUUGACCAGAGUCGCGCCAUUCCUGAGCUUCAUCAACAACUGCCCCGACGUUAUUUUGGGUGUCAUCACUAAUCUGUUACCUGUCAUCAUGUUGUCUCUUCUCAUGAGUUUGGUCCCGGCCAUCAUGCGAUUCAUGGGCAAGGUUGCCGGAAAGGCUACUUUGUCCAUGGUUGAACUCCGAUGCCAUGAGUCUUUCUUUUGGUUUCAAGUCAUUCAAGUCUUCCUCGUCACCACCUUGACCAGCGCUGCCAGCGCUGCAGUACCGCAGGUUAUCAGAGAUCCUGGUUCCAUUACCACGCUACUAGCCCAGAACUUGCCCUUGGCCUCCAACUUUUACAUCUCCUACUUCAUCCUUCAGGGGUUGAUUUUCUCGUCUGGAGAAUUGCUUCGCAUUGUCGGUCUAAUUGUCUUCACCGCACUAUCCACGAUUCUCGACAAUACCCCUCGCAAAAUGUACAAUCGAUGGUCCGGCUUGGAGUCAAUUGGAUGGGGAAGCGUAUUCCCUAUCAUCGAGCUGAUGACUGUUAUUUCUAUCGCCUACUCAGCGAUUGCGCCUUUGAUGAUGGGGUUUGCGACAAUUGGUCUUGGACUGUUUUACUUUGCGUAUCGAUACAACCUCCUGUUCGUUGACAGUUCCGUUAUCGACACCAAAGGACUUGUUUAUGCCAAGGCUCUUCAGCACACUCUGGUCGGCUGCUAUCUGUCGGUCAUUUGUCUCAUUGGCCUUUUCGGCAUUCGAGCUGCAGCAGGUCCGCUGAUUUUGAUGGUCAUCUUUCUCGUCGCCAUGAUCUUGUACCAUAUCUCUCUUACAAAUGCGAUCACCCCACUUGUCCACUACCUCCCAAAGUCUCUAGAGGCCGAAGAACUGGCGUUGUUGUCAGCCGAUGCAAAUGCGGCGGAAGCAGACUUGGCUGGCCCGGCAACGAGAGGAGAGUUGUCGGAAAAGACUGCGGCCGAAGAUUCACAGAAGGCAAAGAAAAGCGGUGGACUCGAAGAUGUCAAGAUUGGCUUCAUCAAGAAAUUUCUCCGUCCAGAUAUUUACUGCAGUUACGCAGAACUGCGCAAAUUAGUGCCACAGGACUUUGGAGAGAUUCGAUAUGCUCGAGAAGUGGAGAGGGAUGCAUAUCAACACCCAGCGGUCAACGCAGCAGCGCCUCUGCUGUGGGUUCCUCGUGACGAGAUGGGAGUUUCAAGACAAGAAUGCUCACAUACCAACAAAGUGACUCCCAUGACCGACGAGGGUGCUUACUUCACCGACAAGGGCAAGAUUGUCUGGGAUGAGGAAGCAACCGGUGGACGGCCUCCGGUUUAUGAGGAAAAGAUCUAUUAUUGAAAGAAUAUGAGUGAGACCUCAGUGGUGGUGGUAAUAUAAUAAUGGAGAGAGAGCACCCUUCCAUAUUGAAUGAUGGCGUGAUAUUGCAUGUGUCGUCUCUCGUGUGGAUGGAUUAUGAUCAUACAUCAAGAUUCUGUUAUUGAUACCCAAUGGAAAUCGAUUUUAAUCACUUGACA